GUCUGAGUCAAGCAUCCAAACUCGUCGAUAUUUCCAAAUUCUACACUACACAAUGUCAUCGGAAUCCGGAGCCGGCGAUAACCAGAGACUACAAGGCAAGGUCGCCAUAGUCACCGGCGGCGCCAGCGGAAUCGGCGAGACCGUCGCUCGUCUCUUCGCCGAUCAUGGAGCUCGAAUGGUCGUCAUCGUCGACAUUCAAGACGAUUUAGGCAACAAAGUAGCCGAAUCCAUCGGCGUCCAAAGGUGCACCUUCGUUCACUGCGAUGUAACCGAUGAGAACCAAGUCAAAACCACCGUGGAGUCAACGGUCCAGAAAUUCGGUCAGCUCGAUGUCAUGUUCAGCAACGCGGGGAUUCUCAGCAGCUCCCAACAGACCGUCCUCGAUCUCGACCUCUUGGGGUUCGAACGUCUUUUCGCCAUCAACGUCCGCGGAAUGGCUCUGUGCGUGAAACACGCGGCGCGUGCGAUGGUCGAAGGGCGCGUGAGGGGAAGCAUAGUGUGUACUGCGAGUGUGGCGGCGAAAAACGGUGCAAAAGCACACACAGAUUACGUGAUGUCGAAGCAUGCGGUGCUGGGAUUGGUACGUUCGGCGAGUAUGCAGCUGGGCGAAAUCGGGAUCAGAGUCAACAGUGUGUCUCCCAAUGGGCUCGCCACACCGCUUACGUGUAAGGGGUUUGGGCUGGAGGCUGCGGAAGUAGAGAAGCUGUUCGAGUCGUCUGCCUGUUUAAAAGGUGUUGCUCUGAAAACGCAACACGUGGCGAAUGCCGUGCUUUUUCUUGCUUCUGAUGAAUCCGAGUUCGUCAAUGGCGCUGACCUGGCCGUUGAUGGAGGGUAUGUUGCUUCGCUGUAAGGUUUCCUUGUGCUCGUUUGGUUGGUUGUACCCGUAUGGAAGAGAUCGUAAAUAAUAUAAACAUGGAUGGAAAAUAAAUAAAUAAAAAUGGAUGGAAAAUAAAAUAAUGAAAAACCUAAAGAAUUAUUAUUAUUUAACCUGCUCGCAUGCUGCCUUGGUGUUUUUCAUAAAUAUAACUGAAAGGCAGGGGCACAGCUACCCUUCGGUCUAAGGGGCGAUGGCCCCCCCCGCCCUUUUUAAUUUUUCCUUUUAAAUAUGUGCAUUUAAAUAUAUAUUUUAGGUUUGAAUUUUAUAUUUCA